ACACUUCAUAUGAUACAAUUACGAUAUCUCUCUCACACUCUCAUGUUUUACAUGUCACGGUCCGGUUUAGUGACAUUUCUCUUAAGAGAUAAUAAAUUCAACAAUCUUUCUGUUUAUCAUAAAAUUUCUCACCUCAUUGUAUUUGUAAGUGGAAGAAACCAAACUACAAAUGGGAAGACACUCUUGUUGCUACAAACAAAAGCUUAGGAAGGGUCUAUGGUCACCUGAGGAAGAUGAAAAACUUUUGAAACAUAUUACUCAAUUUGGUCAUGGAUGUUGGAGUUCAGUUCCUAAGCAAGCAGGUCUUCAAAGAUGUGGUAAGAGUUGUAGGCUUAGGUGGAUUAAUUAUUUAAGGCCUGAUUUAAAAAGAGGUACAUUUUCACAAGAAGAAGAAAAUCUCAUCAUUGAACUUCAUUCAGUACUAGGGAAUAGAUGGUCGCAAAUUGCAGCACAAUUGCCUGGAAGAACAGAUAAUGAAAUAAAGAAUCUUUGGAAUUCUUGUUUAAAGAAGAAACUUAGACAAAAGGGUAUAGAUCCUUUAACUCAUAAACCAAUUUCUGAGGCUGAGAAUGGAGAUGAAGAGAAAGUAGGAGAAGUUUCAGAUGAAUUGAACCUUGUGAGAUCAGAAAGUUUCAAAUCAGAUGCAGGUUCCUAUGAGCAAAAACAGUCUUCAAUUAUUCUAAAAGGAUAUCCAAAUGAGAUGGAAUUGGAAGGUAAAAGCAAAAGUGAUAGUAACAUGUUAACCAAUAAUAAAGACUUGGCUUAUGAAAGGUUUAUGACAUCUCAACAAGAGAGUUACACUAAUAAUAAUUGCCAACACAUUGAUUUGAUGGGAAAUUACUCAAUUCAGAUGAAUAAUCUUCCAACAAAUUCAAACUCUUCUCAUUGGUUUAACCAAACAGGAAAAGUACCCUUUGACAUGAACUCUGAAUUUACUUCUAAUAGUAACAUCAUGUCUAUUCUUCCACCAACUACUAGUUCUUUUUGCUAUAAACCAUCAGAAGAUGUUUCUAUUUCUUCAGGCUCUUUUCAUGUGAAUAAUAAUAAUGGAUCCAAUUAUUGGGAGGAAGAAGAAGUUAAGUGGUGUGAGUAUCUUCACAAUCCAAUGUUGAUGCUACAAAAUCAAGCACCUGAAUCUUUAUGCAACCAGAUAAAGCCUGCCACAAAUUUUGUCCCUUGAUGAUUUAGAUGGCAUACAUUGCAUCAUUCUAAGCAGCAAGAAUCUUCUCAAGCUUAUAGUAUUUUGCCAAAGGACAUUCAGAAGUUAACAGCAGCUUUUGGACAUGUAUAACAGCCUUUUACAUAAAGAAUUAUUUUAUAGGGGAUCCAAGGGAUUUUAGAUUUGUGUUCUCAAUAUAAGUGUUGUUUUUCAUAGGAAAAUGUUAAUUAUUAAUAUGUUAUAUUAGUAGUUAACUUUUUCAGCUGUCUCAGUUCAACCACUUGAACUAUGUGCUGCAAUCAAAGAUUUUGCUUUUAUAUAUAUGCUUUUCAUUGAACAUUUUUCAUCCUGGUCAUAUUUUUAAUUCUUUGAUGUAUUUAGGGCAUUACAAUGGUGCAUUUUCUAUUUCUAUAACAGCACAUACUUUUACUGGUUUA